GCGGCUUCCGGUUCCUUGAGCAAGCAAAGCCGAAAACCUCAAACUCAAGCUCGGCUCCAACGUCCAUCUUCCUCGGAAACUCCGAAAGAAACCCGAAACCAAAGCUCCCGACUUUGGAGAACUCGUCACAUGCGCGCCCUCCUCCAUUGCCGCCACCACCACCACCACCAUCAUCUCCCUCGCCAAAUCCUGCAAAACCCACUUCGGCCGCGCCUCCCUCUCGCCGAGAUGAGCUGCUCCUCCCUCGCCCUCUCCCUCUCCCUCCCCUCCGCUUCUCCCAAACCCCUCCGCUUCGCCGCCGCCUCCUCCUCCUCCUUCGAGCCUCCCCUGUUCCUGCGCCUCCCCGGCGCGGCCCGUAAUGGGUCCCCCGGCCUCGGCCUCGGGCAGGUGGGUCGCCGAUCCAGGGCCUUCGUGGGUGUCUCCGUGGGAUCCCAGACGGCCGUCGACGACGGGCUGUUUCUUGAGUACAAGCCCUCCACCGCUUUCUUGUUCCCCGGUCAGGGUGCACAAGCAGUUGGAAUGGGAAAAGAUGCCCAGAGUGUGCCUGUCGCUGCAGAAUUAUACAAGAAGGCAAAUGACAUUUUAGGGUAUGAUCUUCUAGAUGUUUGUAGCAAUGGUCCGAAAGAAAAACUUGAUUCAACUGUUAUAAGUCAGCCAGCCAUCUAUGUCACAAGUCUGGCUGCAGUUGAAAUAUUACGUGCUCGGGAAGGAGGUCAACAGAUAAUCGAAUCUGUCGAUGUUACUUGUGGGUUAAGCUUGGGAGAAUACACUGCUCUAGCAUUUGCUGGAGCUUUCAGCUUUGAGGAUGGGCUUAAAUUGGUCAAACUACGAGGAGAAGCAAUGCAGGAAGCUGCUGAUGCAGUGAGGAGUGGUAUGGUCAGUGUCAUAGGUUUGGAUUCAGAGAAGGUCCAACUGUUGUGUGAUGCAGCUAAUGAAGAAGUUGACGAGGAAAACAAAGUUCAGAUUGCAAAUUACCUCUGUACUGGCAAUUAUGCAGUCUCUGGAGGCUUGAAAGGAAUUGAAGCAGUAGAAGCUAAAGCGAAGUCGUUUAAGGCUCGGAUGACGGUGCGUCUAGCUGUUGCUGGUGCUUUCCACACAAGCUUUAUGAAACCAGCAGUCUCUAGAUUGGAAGCUGCAUUGGCUGCAACAGAAAUUAAGACUCCUAGAAUACCGGUCAUAUCCAAUGUUGAUGCAAAACCACAUGCUGAUCCAGACACAAUUAAGAGGAUAUUAGCCAAUCAGGUGACUUCUCCUGUUCAGUGGGAAACGACAAUCAAGACUCUCCUUACAAAAGGGUUGAAGAAGAGUUAUGAAUUAGGGCCUGGAAAGGUGAUAGCUGGUAUUGUCAAGAGAAUGGACAAGAAAGCUGAGAUUGAAAAUAUCGGGGCUUGAAACUUCUGCAUGGUUCCUAGAAUUUGUAGCUGCCAUUUUGUCUUCUCAUAUGGCUUCUCAGAGUGCAGAGCUGGAGUUUCUUGCUUGACCUAAUAGAGUUGUGAAGAGCUCGAGGUUCCUUUUCUUUGCUCACCUUCUCCGUUUUCCUCCCUUUAAGCUGUUCAUGAUUGCAUACAGAGGAACUAGAUUUACCAGCACUUGCUUUGUAUGAAAGAUUAUAUUGGAUAAGAAGUUGAUCCCUGAAGGGAGGAAUAAAGAGUUAAUUGCUUUAUUACACACUCUACUGAAUAA